CAUUAGUCACUGGCAGGUUUGAUGUGGUUUUGCCGAAAGAGGAACACUGAUAGUUCUGUUGUUUACGGUCAGUCGCUGUUGAUCGGCUGCGCUUCAACACGAUAGAUUUGAUGCUGAUGUGGCUCAGAAUGGCUCCUGCUCUUCAUCUGAUCUUUCUGCUCAUCAUUCACAGGGUUUCUGCUGCUGAUUGGGGUGUGAAUUACAGUCCUUUACAUCUAUGUGCACUGAAGAACUCAACAAUGACAAUCAGCUGCACUUUUACAUACCCGACUCCUGGAUAUCAGAUCAUGACAGUGUUCUGGAACAUAGACUUUGUAAAAAAUGGAGUAGAGCUUGCAGAUCUGUCAGUGGACCCUGAAUACAGUCAGAGGCUUCAGUAUCUGGGAGAUGAACAGCAGAACUGCACCGUCAGACUGAGUCAUGUGACAAAGAAAGAUGAACAUGACUAUUUUUUCAAAUUCAAUACAAAUGUAACAAAAGGAAGAUGGACUGGCAUUCCAGGAGUGCGUCUCUCUGUCACAGAUCUUCAGCUGGAGUCUCCUGAGAGAGUGACAGAGGGAGAUUCAGUCCGUCUGACAUGUAACAGCAGCUGUGAACUGACUGACACACCAACAUUCAUCUGGUACAGAAACUCACACACAUUGACUAAUAUUGGAGAUGAACUCAACAUCAGGUCAGUCAGUAGAACAGAAGCAGGACACUACAGCUGUGGUGUGCAGGGACAAACGUACAUCUCUCCUGCUGUUUAUCUCAAUGUCAGAUAUGCUCCAGAUUCUCCUGUGAUCUCCAUCAGUGGAUCUGCUGUUAUAAUGGAGGGGGAUUCAGUGAGUCUGAACUGCAGCAGUGACUCAAACCCUCCUGCUCUGAACUUCAGCUGGUUUAAAGGAGAAACACUUGUAGGAUCUGGAGGAAUCUUCAACAUCUCCAAGAUCAGCUCUGAUGACAGUGGAGAAUACAAGUGUAGAGCCAGAAAUGACCUUGGAGAGAAAUACUCUGAUCCUGUGACUGUAGAUGUCCAGUACCCACCCAGGAGCAUCUUAGUGUCCAUCAGUGGAUCUGCUGUAAUAAUGUCUGGAGAUUCAGUGACUCUGAGCUGCAGCAGCGACUCAAACCCUCUUGCAGAAAUCAACUGGUUUAAAGGAGAAACAUAUCUGAAUUCUGAAAGAAUCUUCAACAUCUCCAAGAUCAGCUCUGACGACAGUGAAGAAGAAUACAAGUGUAGAGCCAGAAAUGUACAUGGAGAGAAACACUCUGUUGCUGUGAUUUUAAAUGGCCAGUUUAAUCAAGGAGCUUGGAGAAACAUGAUCAUCAUCACAGCGACAACUGGAGGAUUAUUAUUCAUCAUCAUCAUCAUCACCAUCAUCAUGUUUGCAAUUCUUUCUAAAAGGAAGAGCAGAAGAUCUGCAGUGAAAGAGUCUGUGAUCUCAGACACUUAUGCAGAUCUGGAUGUCCAGUGCGCGACCCCUGACCUGUACAACACACUCACAACCGUUCACCACAGACCUGCUGAAAACUCCUGCUCCACUCUUGAUCCUCAGAGCUCUUCUGAACAUCACAAUCCACCAAUCAACAGGAGGAGGCUGCAGUGAGAGGCGGAGCCAGAAACAACCAAUCCUGAGCUGUGUGGGCGGAGCCACAGGUGAUUGACAGGGAUCAUUAGUGUUGUCAAUGUUUAACAGUGGUGUUGAAACUGUCUAAAAAGCUUAAGAUAGGGAGGGGAAAAAACAAUGUUUACUUUAUUUACCAUUAUAUGGGGGUUUUUAUAUCACAAUGGAUCAUUUUACACUCAAUAGCCCCUAUCAUACACUUGGCGCAAAUGUAAUUUGCUAGUGUCAGCUCGGCACAGGUAGCAUUUUCACAUUUGCACUGCAUUGUCUUUACAGCAAAUGAAUUUGUGUGCACUUGGCUGCGCUGGUCUAAAAAGGAGGUGUGUUAAGGCGCAUUGUUGGCACGUUGUUAUUUUGAGGCAACUGAAAGCUACUAACCAACUAAGAGCUCCUCUAAAGUCAAGGGCACAGGGUUUUUUUAUUUAAAGAUUGCGUUACUUUUAUGUGUCUAUGCAGGUCCAAAAUGAAUGUACACACUGCUUAUUACA